AUGAGUGCCCAGAAAGCGACGAUUUGUCAGACUGGGGGUAUCUCGACCAAGCCAGCGUCUACCACUAACACCAAAAACCUCAGUGAUAACGGCCUUACUCGCGAUCCAGAUAUUCCUCAUGCGGGAGAGCCAUCCCGGAAAAAAGCGAAGCGCGAUGCAGAUCGCGCAUUGUUGCAUUUGAUGGAAGAGUCACUCCAGGAGUGUCAGGUACGCGCCGAAAUGGACCGCAUGCUUAAAGAGGGUCGGAAGCGUUACGAAAAGAUACGAAAGGAGGAAGAGACCAACCGUCAAUUGCGUGAGAUGCUUUAUCAAUCACAGCGAGAGUUACACCGGCAGCAAGAGAGGGCAAACCGAGAAAAUCUUCUAUUCCGAGCUUAUACCGCAGAAUUCCAAAAUAACACUUACGACGAAGACAUAGAGGCAGAUGAACGUUUCAUGCGGGGCAUGAUGCCAGACCUAGUGGAAACUGACGAAGAAGAUUUCGAGGUGGAAGAGGAAUCAGAAUAUUCGGACUACUUUGAAGAGGAGACUGAAUCUGAUUACGAGUCGGAUGGUGAAGAUGAAUCAGACCGGGACGACGAUUGA